CGGAAAGGUACAUUAGCGGUGGUUUUAGGCAUCCGGCCAGUUCGCGAGCCGCCACAUCAUCACGAGACGCCCGUAGUCGCGAACGGCAUUAAAGUUUCAAAUUUUCAUUCGGUCGGACGGACGGUACCCAGAGUUCAAUCCGCAUCCGCAAACGGUUUUCAGUUCGCCUUUUCGACUUUUUUCAUCGACCCAGUUCGCCAAUAAUCGACCGAGAUGGUUUACGAAACCGACUUUUACACCACUCGAAGACCCUACAGGGCAUCUCCGUCGCUCUCCACGUACACACUGACGAGACGUGAAAUACCCUGGGAGAAGGUGCCGUUCGUGCCCCGUCCGAGCCUGGUGCCGGAUCCGGUGACGGCGUUCGGCAGGCGCAAGCAGGAGCGACCGGCGCUCGCCGGCGUCGAUAAGAUCGCGAUAACGCCACUCGAGCGGGCUGAGAUCGCGCCGAAAGUGCGCCUGGAGCCGCUGAGACCUUAUAAGUCCGCACGCGACCAGACCAGGGAGAAGGUGCUCGGCGCGCUGCAGAAGCGCACCGAGCGCGAACAGAGUGGUCCUGCUGCGCUCCUGCCGCAAAAGGACGACGUCGAUGUGCUGCUCGCCAAAAUGCAUAAAAAUUCCGAAAUGUACAAUCUCCCUUACAAGCGGAAAUUAAUUUUGGCGUCGUACCUCGCCUAAACACAAGCUUUUUUUAUUAAUUUUUGAUAUCACAACAUUUUUUAUCUAGAAGCUAUAGGUUUAGGUUUGAGCAUUUUUCUAGCACAAUGAAUCAGUAUUUUUGAGUAUUAUUAGCACACACACAUUUUUAAACACACACACACAUGCUUUGAAUAAGCUUACAAAUGAAUUUUUAUUGUCUGUGCUUUGAUUGUUUUUAUCGCACGUCUAUUUUUGUAUAUUUUUGUGAUAUCUCGCUUUUAAUACCUGGAAACUUUAUUAUACAAGAUGGCAGCUUGCAGAAAAUAAAUGUACUUAUAAACUA